UGUCAUUUCUGUAGCAUGUACUAUCGUGGAGUGACCGUUAUGUUUUUAGUGCAUCCAUUCUGGUACUAAUUGGCUAUUUUACUAUUUACAGGGAGGGUUGAGGUCGAAGAUUGAUGAGUGGAGACGAGCGGAGACGAGCAACGCUUACCAAACCCUUCCAAAUUGACGGACCUGAAUUCUGUCAUAUUGGAGCAGGGCUGGGCAGUUAGCCUAGCCAUCAAUUGAAUCUGGAGCAGGAUACAGAGGAUAGUAUGGCCAUGACGGGAGGGACUGCAGCUGCCCUUCCCAUGAGCAACCAUACCCGGGAGAGAGUGACCGUGGCAAAGCUGACACUGGAGAACUUCUACAGCACUCUGCUGACACAACACGAGGAGCGAGAGACAAGGCAGAAGAAGCUGGAGAAAGUUAUGGAUGACGAAGGCUUGAUAGAUGAAGAGAAGGUAAUGCGACGCUCCCAGCACGCCAGGAAGGAGACAGAGUUCCUGCGGCUGAAGAGGACCCGGUUGGGCCUGGACGACUUUGAGUCACUAAAGGUCAUUGGUCGAGGCGCCUUUGGAGAGGUCCGCUUGGUGCAGAAAAAAGACACCGGGCACAUAUAUGCCAUGAAGAUCUUGAGGAAAGCUGACAUGUUAGAGAAGGAGCAGGUGGCUCAUAUUCGGGCAGAGAGGGACAUCUUGGUGGAGGCGGACGGGGCCUGGGUGGUCAAGAUGUUCUACAGUUUCCAGGAUAAGAGGAACCUCUACCUUAUCAUGGAGUUUCUACCUGGAGGUGACAUGAUGACCCUGCUGAUGAAAAAGGACACCCUGUCUGAAGAGGCUACCCAGUUCUACAUAGCUGAGACUGUCCUGGCUAUCGACUCUAUCCACCAGCUGGGCUUCAUCCACAGAGACAUCAAACCUGAUAACCUGCUUCUGGACUCCAGGGGCCAUGUAAAGCUGUCUGAUUUUGGUCUGUGUACGGGACUGAAGAAGGCCCACCGCACAGAGUUCUACAGGAACCUCACACACAACCCUCCCAGUGACUUCUCUUUCCAAAACAUGAACUCAAAGAGAAAAGCAGAGACGUGGAAGAAGAACCGGAGGCAACUGGCCUACUCCACAGUGGGAACACCGGACUACAUUGCCCCGGAAGUGUUCCUGCAGACGGGAUACAACAAACUCUGUGACUGGUGGUCUCUGGGGGUCAUCAUGUAUGAGAUGCUGAUAGGGUAUCCCCCGUUCUGUUCUGAAACACCCCAGGAGACGUAUAGGAAGGUGAUGAACUGGAAGGAGACCUUGGUCUUCCCCCCUGAGGUGCCCAUCUCAGAGCGGGCCAAGGACUUGAUUCUCAGGUACUGUAAUGAUGCUGAGAACCGUGUUGGUGCUGUGAGUGUUGAGGAGAUGAAGAGUCACGCCUUUUUUGAGCCUGUGGACUGGGAACACAUCAGGGAAAGACCAGCCGCUAUCUCCAUUGAGAUCAAGAGCAUCGAUGACACAUCGAACUUUGAUGAGUUCCCAGAAUCAGACAUCCUUCAGCCAGUUUCCAACGUGACGGAGCCAGACAAAUCCAAGGACUGGGUGUUCCUGAACUACACCUACAAGAGGUUUGAGGGGCUGACUCAGCGAGGCACCAUCCCCACAUACAUGAAGGCAGGGAAGGCCUGAAAUGAGGGCAUGAGGGAAAUGGGAGAGACAAUGUAGACACAGGAUUGGGCGGUAAACCCCUGCUGUGCUGAAGGCACAGGAUCAAGAAUAAUGGUGAGGAGGUUCUUGGCUACAUGCUUCACCAGGGUUUUCCUGCUUGGCCACAUCCAUUGGGGCACCAACGGCAAGAGGAACAGGGAUAUAAAUAAUACAUAUAUCAUAUUUUGUCUUAGGCCUUGCUUGGGCUGUUAAAGGGGAAGUUUGUGUUUUACAACUUGAUGUUAGAUGGUUCCUCAACCUGAAAAAACUGAACUUCCCCUUUGAAGUGACUACUACUAAAUCAACGGGUGGUUCUUCUGCCCAGGCGUUGCUGAAUUAUGCCCGAUCUUACAACACCUGGAUAGGUAUUUUACCUAUCGGCUAACCACAUGUUAUAGCAAUCUGGUGUCCCGCGGCAUAGUCGAUGACGAGGUACGCAACCAUUGGUUGAUGCAACGUCUGAGCAGGGGAACGCGACCAUCAUAUCUGCAUGUUUACACACUGAUUUGCAGGGUCUAAAACGCUGGAGAAGGACUGCCCCACACACAGGGUAUUCGUUGGGGGUUAUCCUAGUGACCUCAUGUAUGACUGCAGAAAAAUGCAUGUAGUUAAUGUUAAGUAAACGUGGUUUGCUAAACUUGUAGGUAUAAAAAGUUCUAACGUUUCAAGUCUUUUAUGGGUGCCAUGUUAGCCAAAAAGUUUCAUUCUAGUUACAAUGCAAAUAGUAAUCCUUCCGUCAUGGAACGUUCGCUGCUAACAUGGAGUAUGGUGAGCCAUCCGUACAUGUAUCUGGCUCUGGGAUUCAUCCAUUGUGGUGUCUAUUUAAUGCCUUGAUAAUCUGGAAUUUAAUAGCUGUAAAUUAUUUAAUGGUGUCAAAGAUGCAUAGAAAAGUGUUGCAUUCUAGUGGUUGAGAUAAGAAACGGUAAUGUAGAAGCAGAUUUUGUUUUUGCAAGUUAGAGGACAAGUCAUGGAUGUCAAUGAAAAUUCAAUGCUACUAAUACUAAAAAGUAGCAAUAUGAUGCAGAAAGUAAACAGUAUAUUGGGUCAAUUUCUGCAACAACUAAGUGCGUUGAAGCGUGAUGCUUAACUUCUCUGUUUUUUUUGGUCCAGUGGCUACCACGCUGUAUACGGUGUGAAGCGAACCCGCGCAGAUGCUAUGUGUGACUGCGGGAGAGCAACGUCUUGCUCAUCUCCGUAUCUGCGGUGCUGCUCGUGGCAAUGUCACUUUACAUUAGUUACAUUUCUGUUCAAAUUUAUUGACAAAGAUAUCAGAUGGCACUUUUUUUUUUUUUAAGAACAUUGGAAAUCAUGUUUGAUCUCCACUUCACAUCUCUCCCCAAAAUGCAUCCAUUUAAGUUAGGAACUACAUUUUCAAUUAAAUUAAUUUUUUUAUAGUAAACAUUUACUAAACUUUAGUGAAAACCCGCUGUGGGUGAUGUCAUAAAAAUAGAUAUUCAAACGUAAGGGUCAAACAUUUCAGUGAUUCUGAUUUAGUUGUGCAACUUGCAUAUCCAAUAAUCUAAACUCGUGUAAUGUUGCCCUUGCUACAUCCCACUUGGCGUUUUUCCUAUUUUGUUGCAUUACAACCUGUAAUUUAAAUGGAUUUUUAUUUGGAUUUCAUGCAGUGGACAUACACAAAAUAGUCCAAAUUGGUGAAGUGAAAUGAAAAAAAUAACUUGUUUUAAAAAAACUUAAAACGUCAACGUUGCUCGUUCAUAUGUAUUCACCCCCUUUGCUAUGAAGCCCCUGAAUAAGAUCUGGUGCAACCAAUUACCUUCAGAAGUUACAUAAUUAGUUAGAUUGCAAACAGGUGGACUUUAUUUAAGUGUCACAUGAUGUCAGUAUAUAGACACCUGUUCGGAUAGGCCACAGAGUCUGCAACACCACUAAGCAAGCGGCACCAUGAAGACCAAGGAGCGCACCAAACAGGUCAGGGACAAAGUUGUGGAGAAGUACAGAUCAGGGUUGGGUUAUUAAAAAAAUCUGAAACUUUGAACAUCCCACAGAGCAACAUUAAAUACAUUAUUAAAAAAUGGAAAGAAUAUGGCACCACAACAAACCUGCCAAGAGAGGGCUGCCCACCAAAACUCACGGACCAGGCAAGGAGGGCAUUAAUCAGAGACCAAAGACAACAUAGAAGGAGCUGCAAAGCUCCACAGUGGAGAUUGGAGUAUCUGUCCAUAGGACCACUUCAAGCCGUAUACCCCACAGAGCUAGGCUUUAUAGAAGAGUGGCCAGAAGAAAAAAAAUUGCUUAAAGAAAAAAAUAAGCGGACACGUUUGCUGUUUGCCAAAAGGCAUGUGGGAGACUCUCCAAACAUAUGGAAGAAGGUACUCUGGUCAGAUGAGACUAAAAUUGAGCUUUUUGGCCAUCAAGGAAAAAUACCUCCCAUCACCCCAAGGACCAUCCCCACAGUGAAGCAUGGUAGUGGCAGCAGCCUGCUGUGGGGAUCUUUUUCAUCGGCAGGGACGAUGGUGCUAAAUACAGGGAAAUUCUUGAGGGAAACCUGUUUCAGUUUUCCAGAGAUUUGAGAUUGGGACGGAGGUUCACCUUCCAGCAGGUCAAUGCUAAAGCAACACUCGAGUGGUUUAAGGGGAAACAUUUCAAAUGUCUUGGAAUGGCCUAGUCAAACCCAAGACCUCUAUCCAAUUGAGAAUCUGUGGUAUGACUUAAAGAUUGCUGUACACCUAUCCAACUUGAAGGAGCUGGAGCAGUUUUGCCUUGAAGAAUGGGUAAAAAUCCCAGUGGCUAGAUGUGCCAAGCUUAUAGAGACACCCCAAGGGACUUGCAGCUGUAAUUGCUGCAAAAGGUGGCUCUACAAAGUAUUGGCUUUGGAGGGGUGAAUAGGUAUGCACGCUCAAGUUUUUUGUGUGUCUUAUUUCUUGUUUGUUUCACACACAUAAAUAUUUUGCAUCUUCAAAGUGGUAGGCAUGUUGUGUAAAUCUAAUUUAUACAAACUCCAGGUUGUAAGGCAACAAAAUGGGGUAAAUACUUUCCCAAGCCACUGUAUCUGGCACCACUCAAAGUUCAAAUGCAAUGUGAUCUGGAGUAGGUGUAAAUUCAAUGUAUGGAAUUAUUUAUUUUGACCAUGAACAAAUUGAUAAAUCCCCAAAUGUUUGCUGAAAUAAACACCCAAACACACCACAAAUUAGGGUGCAUCAUGUGUUAUUGAGGAAUUAUUGUUGAUAACUAAAACGAAAUACCUAAAAUAUAACAAUGCUAGAAGAUACCUGUAGACUUCCAGUCAUUGUGCUAAUGCUAGUUAGCAUUGAAGUAGAUAAAUGGCCUCAUUGCCAAAAUCCCGAAGUAUCCCUUUAACUUGUAAAUGAUUCAAGAAUGGAAAUAAAAACUAAUUGUUUACAUAGAGAAGAAGAGUUAAGGUAACUUUUAUAAAAAAAGUAGUUUAACUCAAAUUCAUUAUUUGUCCAUUCUUAACUUCAUUUGUCUUUCACUGGAACAUGUUACAAAUAUAUUAAAGGGAUAGUUCACCCAAAUUACACAUUGGUUACCUUACCCUUUAAGCAGUCUACGCUUUGGUUUUUAAUUUCCCUGGCACUGUUACCAAAUGUUAAUGUUUUAGCAUUUGUGGCACAAAUAACUGUAAUUUAGGUGAACUAUCCCUUUUAAUAUAACUGAUUGGCACUGGGCGGGAACAGGGACGGGUUGUGUAUGUGUGGUAGGUGAUUUGCACCAAAUGAUGAUAGGUUUCUAUCCAAUUGGUGACAGAUUUUCAUGUGAAUAUUCUCCAAUCUGCAUUAAAACAAUAUGUGCAUUUUCCCACCAGAAAGGUUUCCAUCAAAUCGACUUGUUGUGGAUAAGACUGUGCGUGAUGACGCAGUGCACAUACAAAAACUUUUGCGGUUAAAUUCCUAUGUACCGAAUAAAAAAUACAUGUUAGAUGGGUUUCUAUCGCAUUUUCAACUCUACUGAUGGUUUUGUCACAACAAAUGUUGCGUUAUAUAGUGAAUGUGCCCACUCUGGUAUUGGCACGUGCGCUCUAGCCAACAGCUCGUAUUUACAGUGCGGGAAAGCCACCUACAUGAUGAGAUUAUUAUGGAUAAAUGUACAUUUGUAAAAAACAACAUCGAUUUAACCUUUUUAUUUAACUAUGCAAGUCCAGUUAAGAACAAAAUCGUAUUUACAAUGACGGCCUAUCGGGGAACAGUUGGUUAACUGCCUUGUUCAGGGGCAGAAAUACAGAUUUUUACCUUGUCAACUCGGAGAUUCGAUCCAGCAAUAUUUCGGUUACUGGCCCAACGCUCUAACCACUAGGCAACCUGCCGCAAGAUUAUUAUUAUUUUGUUGUGAAAAGGCAGCCAAGCAUCGAUCAUCAUGUCACCAGAAUAAGACCCUCAAUGUAUAUUGGAAAGGAGCAUCAAGCUCAUCACUGUUCACUUUCACUACGGGUGGAAUUAAUCCUCGUUUAUUUAAUCUGUAGUGUAAUAAACGGCAUGUUUUCCCGAGUCGUGGUGGGAGGACCACUCAAUAUCAUCGCGUGACUCCAAAUUUACUUCGAAUGAUGUUUAUUAUAGCAAUACGCGUCCAUAAAGGAGUUUCCACCGCCAUUUAUAGCGGUAAUUCAUUUUAUCUGCACAAAGAUCGCACCUUGUCUAC